UCUUCUCUUCUCUCGCAAGGGAGGGGAGGGGAGGGGAGGGGAGGGGAGGGAAGGGAAGCCAAGGCCCCAGAUCAAGCGGAGCGGCGCCCAGAUCCGCCCGCAGCGGCACCGGCGAUCUGAUCCGCGACCCUCCUCGAAGUCGGCCAUGGAGCGCGGCAGCAGCCAUGGACGGCGACGCCCAAAACCCUAGCUAGCCCUCAACCUCCAAGGACGCGCGCCGGCUGCUCUCGGCGGGGAGCACCUCGACGCCGGCCAAAGGCCAUGAAAGCUGCUCCUUCCCCGCCAUGACCACCCUCUCCCUCUCAUGGAAGGUUUUUUGAUUUGAUCUCAAAUUGGCCAUUCUUAUGUGUUAGAGCAGCAGCAGCAGUAGCAGGGUUCCUUGGUGGAUACAGCAGCAGCAGCAGAAAGAGGACACCAUGGUGGGUAUAGCAGCAGCAGCAGCAGGGUUCCUUGGUGGAUACAGCAGCAGCAGCAGAAAGAGGACACCAUGGUGGGUACAGCAGCAGUAGCAGGGCUGCAUCUUCAAGGUCAGCAGCAGCAGCGGCUCGAUGGACGGUGAUCCCUUCUCCACCUCUCGUUUCAUAUGCAAGCAGGCAAGAUUUCAUCCCUACAGCAGAGGAUAAGGGCCUCACUUGAUCAUGCCUGCCAGUCAAGGUCGCAACCCACGGAGGGGGGACGCGCUGUUGUUCGGCAUUGGCUGCGCAAACCGCCACGCAGGAAGGCACCCUCUAUGGACGGGGAUGACCACGAUGCAGGGGAGGAUGAGGACCGGUACAUUGAGCUCGACCACGACGGGGCACCGCACAAGUGCCCAGGAUGCUCUUCGGAUGGCUCCCAGGAUGGGAUUGAACCUAGUUGAGGUCCUUGGGAAAUCAGGCCCUCCUGUUUCCAAGAUCAUAGGCUUUCACAAAGACAAGUAUACCAAGGAUGCCAUGGAGAAAGAUCGCCUAAAAGAACAAGGUCAUAAUGUUGUACCGAGGGCAUAAAGUUGUAUCCAGGAUGGGCUUGCACCUGGUUGAGGUCCAUCGGAAAUAGGACCAUCCUGCUUGCAAGAUCAUGGACUUCCACAAAGACAAGUAUAACAAGGAUGUCAAGGAGAAAGAGCACGUAAAAACCAAGGUAUGUGUGUUGUGCCAUCACUAUUGACGCUGAGUUGAGAUGCUUAGAGCACAGCAAAGAUAUUCCAUGUGCUGGCUAUUAUAUUUGUAAAGAAUUUUGUUUUUCUCAAGGGAAGGGAGGAGUAAAUGAGAUGGUGGGAUUGACUCUAACCUGUCAAUCUGCUGGUUUUGAUGGCUGUAGCAUGUGUUGUUCAGUUGCAACAUAAGACAUGGUUGUGCAUGUUUUGAUCCUUGUUGUGGAAUCGAAACAACUCCUUGUAUAGUUUAUUUGAUUAUUACUGCCAGUAUUCUGCCUGUGAGCCAUGGUGUUGAUUUCAAGUGGAAGAACCGCUGUCCGUUGUUUUCAGGGUCCAAGAAGUAUGUUUUCUUGUUUUGAUAGGUAUGUUUUCUUGUUUUGAUAGGUAGAGCCAUGUACUGCUCACGGUCCAAGAAGUAUGUUUUCUUGUUUUUGUUUUGACCUUGUGAAACUUGCUACCUAUGGAUGAAACUGUGUAAUAUUGACGAAACUAUGUAUAUGUACGGAUGAAACUUGCUACUA